GGCAUGGGAGCUGAUGCGGCUGAGUUAUUUGUUCGAGCUUUAUCACAAGGAAAAGUCGAAGUAAGUCGAGUGAAGAUUGUCAUUGCUGGUAGAGACAGAACGGGCAAGACGUCAUUUAAACGAUCUUUGCUCAAACUGAAGUUUCAGACAAUUGAACUGAGCACACCUGUGGCAGUGGCAGAGUUGGCAGUGUGUGAAGCAUCAAACUGGAAGCUUGUGAAUGACAAAGACAAAGAAUUUUUAGACAAACAAAUAGCUAGAGCAGCAGUUCAUGCACUGUCAGUCGAUAGAGAAUCUACAUCAACUGAUACAAGACAAAGUGGCAUUAACACAGACAAACUUGAUGAAGCAACAGACCAACUUGAUGAAGCAACAGACCAACUUGAUGAAGCAACAGUUCUAACUGAAGAGAUUGCUCGUGCUAUUAGUGAUUUCCAAAGUGAUCCUGACCUCUUAAAGGAGGAAGAUUCAAAAGUUCACUUUUCUAUUUGGGAUUUGGGAGGUCAGGAGGCACUUCUUCCUGGACAAGGAGAAGCCAUCACAGCAGGAUGUGUCGUUUGUGUUGUAUUUAAUGCAUCUGAGUUUCUAGGUAACUCUUCCAGCCCUUUCUAUCUUCCUUCUGCUGACUCAAAACCAAUUCCAAUCAGCAAUCACUGGAUAGUGACGAACUAUGAUGCUGUGGCUUUAUGGGCAUCCAUGACUUUUUUGGCAGGAGAUGUUGAAAGUCUUGAAGGCCUUUCUUCUGGUCUUCGCAUCGGCAAGUCAAAGGAAUGUGCAUCACCAGUGAUGUUGUUGAUUGGAACACACAUCAAUGAUGCCGAUGAAGAAAUGAUCAAGAAGCAGAAUGAAUUUCUGUCUCAAAUGUUUUGUAAUAAAGCAUUUCAGAAGCACAUCCUUCGACCAUCUAACCAGGCUAAUGAUUGGUUUUUUCGUGUUGAGAAUUCGGUUUCUGAUCCUGACAGUGCAAGUGAGGAUGCUGGCGUAAGUGCAGUGAAGCAAGUCAUUGAAGAGAUGGCACGUGAUGUGUCACCUAAACCUCUGAUACCAGCCACUUGGUCAAUUCUAGAGAAGAUUCUUGAUUCUUUAGAAAUCAAGUUGGGCACUGCUCUUUCCAGUGUCAAUGUUAUCAUGCAUUUUGCCCGUCGAUUGUGUCGUAUGUCAGAAGAGAAAGAAGUUCGUCUUGCUCUGACACAUUUAGAUGAAGCCGGAUCAGUAAUUUAUCCUCAGAAACGUGAGAAGCUGAAGAACAUAGUCGUCACCAAACCAAGCUGGAUUUUCAAGGUUUUCUCAGUUGUGGCAUCUGUCACUACUCAACCUCCUCCUUUACUGAGAGAAGAUUGGGAUCGAGUUCGGCAAGUAGGAAUUGCUUCUUGGGAACUCAUUCAUCAUCGACUGAAAAAAGCAGGAGUGAAGCGAGUACAGUAUAAAGUUGUAUUGAAUUUGCUAAAUUAUUUCUUCCUUCUUUGUCCCAACCUUUGCCUGGCCCAACCUCUUCCUUUAUCAGUUUCUUAUGAAACAGAAUACUUUGUUCCAUGUUUGCUAGAAGUCAAGUCAAAAGGUCCAUUUGCAGCUGUUCAUUCAGUUCCUCCUCGGCCAAUGUCACUUAUCAUUUUGUCUCAUAAAAUUGAGUUUAUUCCUGAGCAGUUGCAUUUUAGGCUGAUGACGUGUUGUAUUGAGAAAUAUCCUGAUGAACCAAAGUUGACACGUAAUAAGUGUGUAUAUCGAGUUGAGAAAGAUGUCAAGUUGGAAGUGAUUUAUCACUUGAAGAAAUAUAUCAUUGUCACUAUUGACACACAACGGCCACUUCAUGGAAUUGCAUCUCUGUGUACAGACAUCCGUCUGUUCAUCACUAAAAAGCUGCAUGAAGUGAAGACACCAGGGUUGUCUCGUUUUCAAUUUACAUUGAAUAUUCAACAUCCCGGACCAGCCAUUCCCAUGGAUGUGAACAAGUUGGUAUGUAUAGACAAGUAUAUACCAAGUGAAGACACAAUAUUGAGGACAAACAUAGACAGAGACGAUGUUAAUCUGGAUGACUAUGAAAGAGCUGCAUUAGACUGUUGGUUCUAUGAAGAGAAAGAUGAUGUACCAGGCAAAUCUCAACAACAGGCACUGAUGUUUAAGCCAACCAGCAAAUGUACAGCUGAUGAUAUUGUGAAUGUAGCUGAGAAAGUUUCUCAUUGUUGGAAAAGGCUUGUGCUGAAAUUGGCACCUAAGUUUUUUAUAAACAAGACGAAAGCGAUAGAAAUAGAAAACAGAGAUGAUUGUAUCAUGCAAGCUGUAACAGCAUUAAACAUGUGGACUGAUGCAUUUUGUGACGAAGCCACCCAGGCAGCAAUGAUCAACGCAAUGUGCAACAUUGAGUGUAGAUCUCAUGCUGAAGAUGUUUUCAGUCGCAGUUUGGUGGCACGCGUUUGCCCAAUGAAAUGACUAUGAUUGUUCGCGUGUGUAGGCAGAAAUAUCUUUUAAAAGGAAUCGAACAGUAGUAGCUGUUUUAUUCUAUUUAUUUUAUUAGCUGUUUUAUCGAACUAUUAGCUGUUUGACAUUGACAUAAAUUUAUCAGUCUUUUGAUAAGAAUUGUUGCCAGGUGACAUAAACCUGUUUAUUGGUAUCUAUAGAUACAUAUUUAUAUUAAAAAUUAUA